AUGUUCCUGACGGGGCUGAAGCCCUCAAGGUUCUUCUGGUCGUUAAUUGAGAAGCCGCCGGCCACCAUCCCCGAGAUGCUCCAGCGAGCCAACCAAUACAUCGCCGGCGAAGCGCUGGUGGCGGGAAGACGCACGGACGGGAAGAAGCCACGGAUCGAACAACCCCGACCCGUCACCUCGAUGGCCACGACACAACCCCGCCGGAGGCCUGACCAUUCUGAGCCGCGGCUCCCGAGGCCUCCGCCCCUCCCACUGAAUGCACCCCGUACCGAGAUCUUCCUCCAGAUCAGGGAAAAGGGUCUUUUGCGACCACCCAACCCCGUAAAAGCUACUCACAAAGAUCGGUCGAAAUAUUGUAGGUUCCACCGAGACUAUGGUCACGACACGGAAGACUGCCGCGACCUCCAGAACCAAAUCGAGGAGCUGAUUAGAAGGGGGUAUCUCGGUCGCUAUCUCAAGGAACCCCGAGAAGCGACCCCACGACCCAGGAUACCCAUCGAAAGACAGAUCGACGUCAUCUUCGGAGGACCAGCGGCGGGCGGCAGCAGCUCAACCGCAAGGAAGUCCUAUGCCCGGAGCAUGGUUGAGAAACGCCCCCGACCCGAGCUAGAACCCGAAAUCUCUUUCGGGGCCGAAGAGGUGGAAUGCUCCCAUCAUGACGACACUCUGGUGAUCUCCAUCCAGAUCGCCAAUGCUCGGGUGAAAAGGGUAAUGGUUGACACUGGGAGCUCCGCCGAUGUGUUGUACCUCGACGCCUUUAAAAAGCUCGACUUGUCCACCGAGGACCUCAUCCCCAUGAGCUCGGCGCUCACGGGAUUCACCGGGGACUCCAUCUCCCCGCUCGGCACCACCACCCUCCCCGUCACCAUCGGGGAAGAACCAAGGACCAAGACGAUAAUGACUACCUUCAAGGCCUCCUCGGCAGCCCAAGCGGAAGACCGGGCAGACUCAAUGUCGUUCGAGAGCGUCUGA